AUGUUGGGAACUUUCAUCAAGGUUUUCGCGAAACCCAAGGCGAUAAGUCCAGCUGCCUUCCACCGGUGCUUAGCUACCAAUGCUUCUGGCUUCAACAGGACAUCUCAAUUAGACAGAGCUACGUUGACCAUAAAGGACGGCCCAGUUUUCAACGGAUAUUCUUUCGGAGCCAACAAAAACAUCAGUGGUGAAGCCGUUUUCACCACGUCGCUCGUUGGGUAUCCAGAAUCGAUGACGGACCCUAGUUACAAGGGCCAAAUUUUGUGUUUUACUCAGCCAUUGAUUGGUAAUUAUGGUGUGCCUUCAGACACUGUGCGUGACGAAUUCAACUUGUUGAAGUAUAUGGAAUCUCCUUCCAUUCAAUGUAUUGGAAUUGUCGUUGCGGAACGUUGCCUUGGAACAUCUCAUAGACUGCUGUCGAGUCCUCUCAGCAAUGAUGUAAGCGUUCGAGAAGUAGCCGCUAUCACCGGUGUUGAUACCAGACAAUUGGUGUCUUAUUUAAGGGACAAGGGUUCUUCGUUGGCCAAGAUAACCAUUGGAGAGGAAUAUGACGCUGACGAAGAUGCUGCUUUUGAAGAUCCUGGAUCGGUGAACUUGGUUCAUAAGGUUACUACCAAGGCUCCAUUCCACGUUUCAUGUCCUCCAUCGCACUCCAAAGGCAUUCACGUUGCCGUAUUGGACUGCGGAGCCAAGGAAAACAUCUUGAGGUGUCUUGUUCAAAGAGGUGCAUCGCUUACUGUGUUCCCAUACAAUUAUCCUAUUCAUAAGAUUGCCAACAAAUUCGAUGGUAUUUUCAUCAGUAACGGACCAGGAGAUCCAACCCACUGUUCUGCCACCAUCGAAAACCUCAAGCAAACAAUGCAGGAGAACAAGGACUUGCCAAUCUUUGGAAUCUGCUUGGGCCAUCAACUCUUGGCUCUCGCAUCCGGUGCCAAGUCCAUCAAGUUGAAAUACGGAAACAGAGCUCACAACAUUCCUGCUUUAGAUUUGCUCACUGGAAAGUGCCAUAUUACAUCGCAGAACCACGGAUACGCUGUUGAUGCUUCAUCUCUUGACCCCAACGAAUGGGAACCAUAUUUCACGAAUCUCAACGAUUUGUCUAACGAAGGUAUGGCUCACAAAUAUCGCCCUAUUUUCUCUACCCAAUUCCACCCAGAAGCCAAGGGUGGUCCCUUAGAUACAGCAUUUUUGUUUGACAAGUUCUUUGGACAUAUUCAAGACUACAAGAGCAAGACUGGAAUGACCUGGGCCCAGGAUAAUUUAUUGGUUGACAUUUUGCCAAAAGAAAGAGUCUACUAG